AUGUAUGACAGAGUUUCAACUAACAUUCACACACUGGUGGGGUUAACAAAGUCUUUCCCAGUUAAAGUGGGCCUACAUCAAGGAUCGACCCUAAGUCCUUUCAUUUUUACGAUCAUAAUAGAGGAGAUUUCUAAAUCAAUUUGGGAGACAGUACCCUGGUGCAUGCUAUUUGCGGAUGAUAUUGUGUUGGUAGGAAAAACUAAGGAGGAGGUUAAUAGAAAAUUGGAAGAGUGGAAGACAAUGCUAAGAGAUAAAGGGUUGCUCAUAAGUCGUAAGAAGACAGAAUAUUUGCGAUGCCACUUUAGUGGGACAGAGUCAAUAAGUGAACCUGAGGUGACAAUAGGCGGUGAAGUUGUUGCAUGUACGACAAAGUUCAGGUAUUUAGGAUCGGUGAUUCACAGUAAUGGGGAGAUUGAUGGAGAUGUUACUAACCGUAUACAAGCGGGGUGGCUUAAGUGGCAAGCAGCCUCUGGGGUGCUAUGUGAUAGGAAGUUUCCUAGUAGAUUAAAAGGUAAAUUUUACAGAGUUGCUAUUAGGCCUGCAAUGUUGUAUGGGACAGAAUGUUGGCCAGUAAAAAAGACGUUUGAACAUAAGAUGGAAGUUACAGAAAUGCGUAUACUGAGGUGGAUGUGUAGCCACACAAUGAUGGAUUGAAUAAGGAACUAGGAGCUCAGAGAGAAGUUAGGGGUUGCCCCUCUUUCUGCAAAGAUGCGUGAAAAUAGGUUGAGAUGGUUUGGGCAUGUGAAGAGAAAGACUAAUGAUGCCCCCGUAAGAAGAGGCGAAAGCAUCAUAGUUAAGGGUAAGAGAGGUCGAGGAAGACCUAGGAGAACCUGGGAGGAACAGAUCAAAAGGGACAUGCAUGAGUUGCAACUCUCUGCGGACAUAACCAGGGAUAGGGGAAAGAACAGUCCGUUACAUCUGAACUUGGUGCUCAUUCAAGCAAUGGCCAGGCUCUUUCGAUCACCCACUUUGGAUUCCAGUUCUAAGCAGUUUUUGGUUCGAAUGUGA